UGCUGCACAUAACCGGAGAAGGACACAGGCUCCUUAUAGGAAAAAAAAACCUGGAUGGCUUGAUAGUAGAGCGGGAGGGCUUUCUUUUACUAAAGAGAAAACGAAGGAAAAGCUCUCGAAAUAAACAGCAACUUCAACAACAGAGGACCUACAAUCUGGACAGAAGGUUUAAGAGGCUCCUUCCUGUUUCAGAGGCAAAAUGAGCUGGAGCUUCCUGACACGUCUGUUGGAUGAGAUUUCCAAUCACUCCACCUUCGUGGGCAAAAUCUGGCUCACCCUCCUCAUCGUCUUCCGCAUUGUGCUGACAGCGGUCGGGGGCGAGUCAAUCUACUAUGAUGAACAGAGUAAAUUUGUGUGUAACACACAGCAACCUGGUUGUGAGAAUGUGUGCUAUGAUGCAUUUGCGCCACUGUCGCACAUUCGCUUCUGGGUGUUUCAGGUGAUUAUGAUCACCACCCCUACCAUCAUGUACCUUGGCUUUGCUAUGCAUAAGAUCGCCCGCAUGGAGGACGAUGACUACCGGCCCCGGGGCAGGAAGAGGAUGCCCAUAGUGAGCCGCGGUGCCAACCGGGACUACGAGGAAGCAGAGGACAAUGGGGAGGAGGACCCCAUGAUCUUGGAGGAGAUUGAGCCUGAAAAGGAAAAGGAAGUUGUGGAGAAGCCCAGCAAAAAGCAUGAUGGACGCCGUCGCAUCAAGAGAGAUGGCCUGAUGAAGGUUUACGUGUUUCAGCUGCUAUCACGUGCCAUCUUUGAGGUCUCGUUCCUGUUUGGACAGUAUAUCCUUUAUGGUCUGGAAGUGGCACCAUCGUAUGUAUGCACACGCUCUCCGUGCCCGCACACAGUGGAUUGCUUUGUCUCACGCCCUACAGAGAAAACAAUCUUCCUGCUCAUCAUGUAUGCCGUCAGCGCCUUGUGUCUGCUCUUCACUGUGUUAGAGAUCCUCCAUCUCGGCAUCAGUGGUAUCCGUGACUGCUUUUGCGCACCACGAUCUCGACCUCCCACUCCGCGUCAUCCAGCACUGGCCAGCCAGAGGUCCUCCAUCUGUCGCCAGCCCUCUGCGCCUCCAGGCUACCAUACAGCUCUGAAGAAGGACCCAACAGGAAAAAUGGGCUUUAGGGACAACCUGGGAGACUCAGGCCGUGAGUCAUUUGGGGACGAGGCUUCGUCACGGGAGCUGGAGAGGCUGCGCAGACACCUAAAACUGGCCCAGCAGCAUCUGGAUAUGGCUUACCAGAAUGAGGAAAACAGCCCGUCGCGCAGCAGCAGCCCAGAGUCCAAUGGCACUGCAGUUGAGCAGAACAGACUAAACUUCGCCCAGGAGAAACAGAGCAGUACGUGUGAGAAAGGCCUCCGUGCCUAGGUUGGUAUCAUCUGAACAGUUCACGUUAGGAGCAGUGAGCGCACAUAAGGGAAUCAAACAGGGAGUGUGUGUAUGCGUGCGUGUGUGUGUUUAUGUGUGUAUGUUUAUGUGUGUGUGUGAUGCCAUGAAUUUUGCUUGAUGUGGAUGAAGUCAGCUCAAGCCUUCCAGUGUUACGGCCAGCCUUGGUCGAACAUAGUCAAACUAGGAGGAGAAUGGUCGUCUCAACUCAGCAAUAUUUGAGACACCAGCCUGUCUGAAGAUCCAAAGUGCUUACAAACUACCGUUGUGCUACAAGAACGGUUAAGGUUAACUCGUACUUCUCCCUCAGGGCAGCUAUUCCUUUUAUUAUUUUUAUUACGAGUCUUAGAGCUAUUAGUCCUUUGUAAGAGUUUGUUCUCUGUUGGAAGUUCACAGUGAGUGCAUCUCAAGUUCGCCUUAGACCUAAACUGGAACUCCACAUUAUGGCAUUUUGUUAAGGUAAGGCCAAGCCAGUUGUAGUGCAAGAAAAACAAAAAAACAACACGUUUAAACUGUUUAAGAGUUGAGUCUUGUGUUUUGUGAGGAACGGAAUCAGUGAGCGAGUGCUUGUAGAUGCAAACAAAAGGUUAAUGGACAUGGCACCACUCAUAAAAGAAAGGUACUGGAGUUAUUGUCAUGCUGAUGAAGACUUUUCGAGGUGUUUUCAUACAAAGGUUUCUUUCAAGUGUGUCACAUUUUUUUCCCCGUAAUGUUGGCACUGCACCAGUCAACAUUCCUAAGUCUGGUGCCUGGUAUAGUAACUGGAACACACUUGGGAUUGCCUUUGUCCAAAGGUAUAAACAAACCUGGGUAAUGCUUGAAAAACAUGUAACUCUUGAUAUUGUCUUGUAUUGUUUUAAACUUGUAUUUGAUACAGUUCUUUAUUUUUGUAUUAGUUUAGAGUAUUGUGAUAUUGAAAAGAGGCUCGUCACUGUGGCCAACUCUUUCUUUUUCUUUCUUUUUUUUUCUUUUUUCCCUUUUCAAUGAAUGACAUUCACGGCAGUCUUAGCUCCCCAAAGCCUGAUUCAAUCCACGGACUUGCACGUUCUGAAAAUGGUUCAGCUGAAACAUUUUUAACACUAGAUAACCUUCAUCUUAUUUUAAUAGGUACUCGUCAUCUUUGACCACCGUGUUUCCUUUUUCAGUAUGAGCCCAAUUUUCUUUUUACACCAAACUGUAUCUGUUGGUUAAAUAAGGGAUAAUACUAUAUGUCCUGUUAUUGUUCCAUGUCUGAAAGUGCUAAUUUUUGGAGUAGUAGUAUGACUGCUCCAGAGUGUCAGUGAGGAUUGUAAAUGAUAUAAUCAUUUCAAUGUGAAUUCAGUGGAUUGAAUGCACUCUAAGAUGCCAUCUUUUGUAUUCUGAAUCAUACCCACAGUGCCAUUAGUGCUAACUCAAAUAUUGUCAUCUCAAGUUAUUUUUGAGCAAUGCUUUUUGUACUUUUUUAUACUUUUUGUAUUGAUAGUACUUUGUGGCUAGUUUUUAAAAUACAUUUUUUUUCCAAAUGG